UCCACCCAGGCUGCGGGGACAUCUAGCGGCCACUGGUUUAUGCACUCAGGGAGCAUCCGCUACGUGUCUCCCGGCUUUCGUCUGCACACACAGGCAAGCGGCACCAGAGUGAGGAGAGCUGGAGAGCCCAAGUCAGCCAUGGGGGAUAUCACACUACCACGGCGCAUGUUUCUCUGGAGCAUGGCGGUCAUCUACACGGUUGCCUUCGUCUCCCUGUAUGUGCAGAUACCAGGGCUCUAUGGGAAUGAUGGGCUGCUGCCGGCCCGGUGGCAGCUGCGGUACAGUGGGAAGCCUCUGUUGGAGCAGCUGAUGUCCUCUCCCACCCUUCUGUGGCUGGGCCCUCAGCUUGGCCUGGACACCCACACCGCCAUGGAGCUGCUGUGCCUGGCGGGGGCCGCCCUGAGCUUCGCCGCCACGCUGGUGGAGUCUCUUCGAGACAGCGUGGUGUUUUUCUGCCUCUGGGCCUUGUACCUGUCCAUGUACCAGGUGGGGCAGGUUUUCCUCUACUUCCAAUGGGAUAACUUGCUUCUGGAGACGGGGUUCCUCUGCAUCCUCGUUGCUCCGCUGACGUUAAUCAGGGGAGCGCGAGCUGUCAGGGAGCACGAUCGUGUGACGUUCUGGCUGAUUCGCUGGCUGACCUUUAGGCUGAUGUUUGCGUCUGGAGUGGUGAAGCUCUCGUCACGUUGUCCCACAUGGUGGGGCCUCACAGCUCUGACGUACCACUACGAGACUCAGUGCAUCCCCACUCCUCUGGCCUGGUUUGCCCACCAGUUGCCGGUGUGGUGGCAGAAGCUGAGUGUGGUGGCAACCUUUGUCAUAGAGAUCCCGGUGCCUUUACUCUUCUUCAGUCCACUGCGAAGGUUGCGAAUCGGAGCUUUUUACUUACAGAUGGUGCUUCAAGUUCUCAUUAUUCUGUCCGGUAACUACAACUUCUUCAACCUGCUGACUAUGGCCCUCUGUCUGUCCCUUCUGGACGAUCAGCACGUGCGAUUCUGGCUGCGUAAGGCCGAUGACAGCGGAGAGGAGAGCAGUGGCUCCAGGCUGCACGCGUGGCUGGGUUACCUGCUGGAGCUGGCAGUCUGGGCUCUCAUGAUCUUUGGAACCGUUGUCUGCUUUGAUCUGCAGCUGGAUAAAAACAAGGGAGGGAUCUCGUCUCGUACAGCUUUCACUUACCACCACUUCAACCAGUUCCUGAAGACGGUCACCAUCCCUUCAGUGUGGAUUGGGGUCCUGUCCCUCACGUGGGAGAUGGUCACGUCCAUGUUCCGGUGCGCGUGCGUGUCUGGUUUCCUGAGGAGGUUUUGGGGAAUGGUCCAGUGGACGGCGUUCGCCGCCGCCACCGCCUCCAUGUUCGCCGUCAGCCUGGUGCCUUUCACUUUCAUCGAGUACGACUCCAACUCGCGGCUGUGGCCGGGGGUGCGCCUGGCCCACGAGGCGGUGGAUCGCUACCAGCUGGUCAACUCGUACGGCCUGUUCAGAAGGAUGACCGGGGUCGCGGGGCGGCCGGAGGUGGUCAUCGAGGGCAGCAAUGACAUGGUCACAUGGACGGAGAUUGAGUUCAUGUACAAACCGGGGAACCUGAGUGCCGCUCCUCCUGCGGUGAGUCCACAUCAGCCCCGGCUGGACUGGCAGAUGUGGUUUGCCGCCCUGGGGACGCACACGCAGGCUCCGUGGUUCACCAGCCUGAUGUACAAACUGCUGCAGGGAAAAAAAGACGUGAUCGAGCUGAUCCAGACGGAUGUAUCCAAGUAUCCCUUUCACCAGGAGCCCCCGGCCUACCUGCGAGCUCACCGCUACAGAUACUGGUUUACUGAAGCGAAGGCUGACGGGUUAGCACUCUCCGUUCCUCCUUUCUCUUACCCCGACCGUUGGUGGCGGAGAGUCUACGAUGAGGAAUUUUAUCCUGUCGUCCACCUGGGCAACACCUUCUUGGAGAGCAUGCUCAACCAGUAUGGACUCAAGGACAAAUCAGCUCCACGCCGCGUUUCCAGCACCGGUGUUGCUAAGGCCAUGAGGUGGGUGCGCUCCCAGAUCAGAGGCGUCCCGGCCCACGCGCUGAUCUGGACCCUCAUGGCCUGCAGCGCCACCUUCUGUCUGCUUCAAGGAUUGCGAAAAGGAGACAAACGCAGAAAUGACCAAAAACAAGACGUUCCUGAGGGCUCUGCAGAGCACCCGAAGGAGGUAGAUGAGGAAGAGGAGGAGAAGGAGGGAGGGAAAAGUGAGGAGGAAGUGGAAGAGGAAGAAUUAGAGGAGAGAGACACU